AUGAAAUUAUCGAAGGAUAAGGUGACUAAAGUACCAGUCUGGGUCAGAUUCUAUAACAUUCCUUUAGAAUAUUGGGAUGAUGAUGGCCUUGGUAGGAUUGCUAGUGUUGUUGGUAACCCUUUGUUUACGGAUCAACUCACGGCUAGUGGGGGUAGGGUUGCUUUUUCCAGAGUGUGUGUGGAAGUUGAUGCUUCUUCCAAACAACCACCUUCAUUCCCUGUAAAUUGUGAUGGUGAAACAGUUGUUGUGAAUGUUGAAUACCAAGGUCUUCCUGCUAAAUGUGAGCAUUGUGUUGCUUUCGGCCAUGACACAACUAGAUGUGUUACUACUCAAGUGGCCAAACCGGUAUCUCUCCAGAAAGAAACAGAAGAGAAUCCUACUGAGCCUGGCUGGACCACUAUUAUGGCUAAAGGGAAGAAGCAAGUUGGAGUUAGUGCUGGAGAUGAGGCAAUCCCUGCUCCUCAAGGUACUCAUGGAACAAAUGAACAGGAAGAAGCGCCAGGGGAGGUUUCCCUACCUGACCAAAUUGAAGCUAAUGAAGAGGACUUAUUGUUGAAUAGGGAAGUACCUUCUACAGUUCAAGGAAAAACUUCUGACUCAGUUGCAGAGGACAACAGGCCUGCUGCCUCUCAGAAUCUUGCUGGUUCUUCGGCUGUCACUGGGGAAGAUGUUCCCUACUUUGAGGGCCUGCAAAAGAUGAAGAGCAAUUUGGCAGAUGUUAUAAGCCUUAUCAUCCCUCAAGACCCAGCAUUGCUGGAGGAAGUCCAGAAGUUCAAGGAUUCAAAUCUUGGUAGUCCUAAGGCUAGUCCUGUACCCAAUCUUCCAGCAAAAGGUAAAUCCUCUGGCAAGAGCAGCAGUAGCCAGAGGAAAAAGAAGAGGUAA